UUUUACAGGACUCCAUUAUCUUUCUUCACUUGUAAUAUAUAGUGUUCCUGAUGAACCAAAAGCUACAGAGAACUUGAACUUUGUGUUGCCAAUGACGAAUUGCAAGUCAUUUCCAUUUCUGAUAUUGCUGUUGCUUACCUUUCAAAGCCUUUUAACAGCACAUGAAGAUCCAUCUUACAAGGACGUACAGGUCGGAGUGAUUCUUGACAUGGAUUCAUGGGUAGGGAAGGUUGUUUAUACUUGCAUCACCAUGGCUAUUUCUGACUUUUAUACAGCCAAUCCUCACUAUAGAACAAGGAUAGUUUUUAAGACCAGGGAUACCAAUGGAGAACCACUGCGUGCCUUGUCUGCUGCUCUGGAUCUUUUAGAGAACACAGAAGUGCAAGCGAUAAUAGGUCCAGAAUCAACAGCUGAAGCAAGAUUCUUGGAGGUUUUGGGAGAUAAAGCUAACAUACCGAUUCUUUCCUUUUCAACAAGUCCCUUUUUAAAUCAGAAUCCUUAUCUUCUUGGAAUCUCACAAGAUGAAACCACUCAGUUUAAAGGCAUUGCAGCCAUGGUAGAAUCUUUUAAAGCCAAGAAUGUGAUCCUUAUAUGUGAGAACACAGCAAACGGGAGAGAAAUGGCUACUUAUAUCGUUAGUGCAUUCCAAGAGAAAAACAUACACGUCACAUAUACAAGCCUAGUUUCAACCACUGCCAACCAUGAAGAAAUCAAGGAAGAGAUUCUUAAGCUUCAAACUAUGCAAGGCAAGGUUUUUGUCAUGCAUACACCUCCUUCUCUAGCAUCUGAUCUUUUCUCGAGGGCAAAAGAGCUGGGCAUGAUGGGAGAAGGAUACAUGUGGAUUAUAACAAGUAAGAUUGCCAAUUUCUUGGAUUCCGUGGAUGCUGAAGCAAUCAAAUCAAUGCAGGGAGCAGUGGGUUUCAGAUCUUAUUUUCCGGCAUUGAGGAAGCUUAAUAACUUUGUUGCCAAAUGGAGAAAGGAACACUAUUCUUUGAUCCCUUUUAUGGAGGUUAAGGAAGUAGAUUAUAAUGGCAUAUGGGCAUAUGAUGCAGUUUAUCCACUCGCCAUGGCUGUUGAGAAGGUGGUGAAUUCAAGCUUAUGAAUAGGAGAACCAUUUCCAAAGUCAUGGAAGUUGUAAAUGUGAUCGGUAAGGGUGAUAGGAGGGUUGGGUUCUGGAUGAUGGCUACUGGUGGUGAGUUUGUUAAAGAAAUUGGAAAAGCAAAUUCUUCUUCUUCUUCCAAUGAUGGUCUGGAAAGUAUCAUCUGGCCAGGUGGAGCUACAAGUAUUAAUCAAAAGCGCAGGAUGCUGCAAACGAAUGGGAAAAGGCUGAAAGUUCUGGUUCCAGAUUUUGGCACAAUAUUCCCGAAUUUGUUACAACUGACUGUUGAUCCCAAAACAAAUCUGUCAUCUGUCAGCGGCUACUGUGGGGAUGUUUUCAAUGCUGCUUUUAAUGCCUUAGACUAUGAAGUAGGCGUUGAGAUUAUUCCUCUCCCUUAUAAGGAUGGAAUGACUUAUAAUGAUCUAAUCGACAAAAUCGCUCUAAAGGAAUAUGAUGCUGCUGUUGGAGAUAUAUCAAUCACAACAAAUAGAUCUCUCUAUGUCGACUUCACAUUGCCCUUCACUGAUCUAGGAACUGGGACAAUAGCCCGAAACGCCAAGAAAAGCAUCUGGAUCUUUUUAGAUCCUCUUAGUACAGAUCUUUGGAUCACAAGCGGCUGUUUCUUUCUCUUUUUGGGGUUUGUCAUUUGGUUUAUUGAACAUCGUACAAAUGAAGAAUUUCAAGGUUCAGCAAAACAGCAAGUUGGAACAACCAUCUGGUUUGCCUUUUCGACCCUUGUUUAUGCUCACAGAGAGAAGCUCCAAAGUAAUCUAUCAAGAUUCGUGGUUACUGUCUGGGUUUUCGUGGUGCUUGUGCUCACGUCAAGUUACACUGCAACUUUGAGUUCACUUUUAACUGUACAACAGAUUGGAAUGAAGGAGAUGUCUAUCGGAUUCCUGGGUGUUUCUCCCUCACUAGGAGUUGCCUUUAACAACGUGAACUUAGGGGUUGCCAAAAUUGAAAACCUAUACACACCUGAGGCCUACGUCAAAGCAUUAACAAGUGGAGGUGUUGAUGCAAUCAUCGAUGAUAUCCUUUACAUCAAAGCAGUCCUUGCAAUGUAUCCGGCUUCUGACUUCUCCUUGAUCUCAACAGCAUCAACCACCAAUGGUUUCGGCUUUGCAUUUCAAAAAGGUUCUCCGUUGGCCAGAGAGAUGUCGACUCAGAUAGCAAAGAUGCGGGAAGACGGGACAUUGAAAGCAAUAGAGGAUAAAUGGUUAAAACGUCAAUCUGCAUUGAUGUCAAAGGAUUUUUCUUCUCCUUCACCAAAAUUUUUGAGUCUAUAUGGGUUUCGGGGUCUCUUUCUUAUCAGUGGUGUGACAAUGGCAUUUGCCCUUCUGGUGUCCAUGGUUCGUAUUAUUCGUGAAAAAUUACAUGUCAAGAUUAAGAUUCAGAUAUGGAGGUACAUCUUAAGAAGAUCUUCUGAAAUACAUGCACAAGAUAGUGAUGCAGAAUCAGC